UGAUCUGCAGUCAAACAAGGCUCCGACUUUCGUUUCUUGCUCUUGGAAAGGGGGGCUUUUUUUUUUUUUAGCGAGAGUUUCUCCCGGUAUCUUGCAGUCCCUUUGGCUUGUCCUGUCGUCGGAAAGACCCUCGUAAGUCAGUCCCGCUGGAAAGCGGGCAGAGUGGAGUGGGGAAGCGCCUGGCUAGCGACGGUGUGCAAUUCCCUCCUGCAAAUAGAGUCUGCUGGCAGAGUUUGAAAGCGAAAGUAAAGCUUCUCCGUGGAGGACGGCGACUAUGUUGGAAGGUGAAAUUUCAAAAACAUCUACAAGUGAGACUGAACUACUGGAAGAACUAGAAAAAUGGAAGGAAAAGCUUGAAAAAAUUGAAAAGCGAAAGACUGAAAUCCUUCUUUCAAAACUUGCCCUUGAUGAGAAAAGAAAAAUGAAGCAAAAGGCUCUGGCAGAUCUACAAGAUCAGAGUAAUAAGCAAGUAAUUGAAAGAAUGAGGAUAGAGAAGAAACAGCAGGAGCAACUUUCCUUAAUAUGUGAGCAAAAUAGUAAGCUGAGAAAGGAAAUUGAGGUCCUUAAGGUGAAUCUGGCAGCAAAGAAAAUGAAACGUGGAGAACUUACCCGGAGUUUUUCGCUUCAACAAUGCCUACUUAAAAAAAAGAUGAGAUUUGUGCACCUGGAAGAUGCCAAGGAUGAAGAUGACUACACUAACUUCUCCUGCCGUUUUCACCUAGCCACAAAAAUCCCACUCACAGUGAACCAAGGAGAAGCUCUCAUUCGAUUUGAAGAAGAAUCUGUUGCUCAGCAGCUGAUUAGAAAACAUAACCAUAUCAUCAACCUGGAAAAUAAGGAGAUUGCUUUGAAAGCCUGCCCUGUUCCUUUGGAGACAGGAACAACAUUUAAGAUUCAUGUUAGGAUCCUUCAAAGGGAGAUUUGUGUUUCUAACAUCCCAAAUGUAAAAAUUGCUGAGGAGUGGAUGAAAGACAAAUUGGAGCUCCUUUUCUGCAGAGCGAAACUGGGUGAAAUUCAGAAUAUAUUUUAUGAUCCACUCUCACAAAAGGCCAUCGUUACCUUUUCUCAGCCUAUAGCUCUUAAUAAAAUAAUAAGGUAUGAACAAUCCUGUAUCAGUGUGUUUGGAAAGACCCAUCUUCUCACUGUUUCACCUGUCAUAAAAAGCGAUGUGGAAAAAGUACAGAUGUUUUCAGGAACUUCCAGGAAAACUGUACUGUUAACAGGAAUCGACGUAGACCAGAAAGAUGAGGAGAAUGUGGGAGACAUGAUCGAAAUUCACUUCCAGAAACCUAGCAAUGGAGGUGGUGAAGUGGAUCAAGUGACCUAUAUUCCCAAAGGAACAAAAACUGCCUAUUUUGAGCUAGAUGAAGCAGAUUUGAUAGGAGAUUAUUGAAGAUGUAGCUGGCUCAAGAUUCCAAUUAUGCCAAGAGCAAUUGAAGAGUGAAACCGCUGUUGUUGAGGAAUGAGGCUGCCUGUAACGUAGGGGCAGAACCACCCUCAAAGUCCCGUUUAAAGCUAUGAUCCAUUAAAAAGCCUCCUUGUUUCAGUUGUUUUUUUUUAAAUGUUAAAAUCGGUGAGACUUAAGUUGUGAUCUCAUCACAACUCGCAUCAAUGCUUAUAGCACAAAUAGUCAAUAACAACUGCAUUUAGCACAAUCGUAUGAUGGCAAUUUCUGUGGCCUAGGAAUAAAGGUGACUUUAUGCUCUACGAGUUACAGA